AUGUCUUCACUUACUGAGUUUCAAAGGAAGAAGAUUCUGAAUCUUUUCGAGAAUCUUUAUGACACCAACAGGGAUGGAACUAUUGAGAAGGCUGACUUCGAAGAAGCGCUACAGAAAAUUGCCAAACUGCACAACUGGGCGCCAACUGAUCCUGCCUUUCUAAAAGAACAAGACCGAAUCAACAGAAUCUGGGCCGGACUACAGUCAAGAGCUGACAAGGACAAUGAUGGCACGAUCAGCAAGGAGGAGUGGGCUCGCAUGUGGGAAGAGAACAUCAAGGAGAUCGCCCAGGGCCAGACAUUCCCUCCUUGGCAGCAGGACUACCUGGAGUUUAUGUUCUUUGCCAACGACACGUCAGACGAUGGUUUCAUCGACCGAGAAGAGUAUACUGCAAUCUACAAGCUUUUUGGCUUUGCUGGUGACGAUAUCAAUUUCUGCUUCGACAAAAUUUCAGAGGGAGUACCAGACAGAAAACUGUCCAAGGCUGACUUCGAGCAAUUGUGGAGAGAAUAUUUCACAUCCGUUGAUGAGAACGCCAGGGGAAACUAUUUGUUUGGCAGACAAAAACAGUAG